ACGACCCGUUUUCGUUCAUUCUGAAAUAAUUAUUAUUUUCUAAUUGAGAUGCAUUACUGUGAUAAAUAUGCCCGGUUCUCCUGUUAUUUUCGAAAUUUGAACACACGCCACUGAAGCCACAGGCCAGUGUCCCGCCCAGUUCCAACAUGGAAGAUGACGUACACUCAGGAACGCCCAGUCUCUAGACUUGAUUGCAGGUGCUGCCAUGCCAACCGUCAUCAAAGCAUUAGCCUACUGACAGGAAUCGCGACUAAGUUUUAAUAUAUAUAUAUAGCUACCGUAUACGCCCUUUGUUCAACAAAAACAUGCCUGAGCGGUGUGUUGCUGGAUAUUGCUCCAACACCCGGGAUAACGGCGUUACCCUUCAUCGUUUUCCUAAAGACCCUGCUGUGAGUUCACUGUGGACGCAGCAAGUUCGGAGGACAAGAGCUGGUCCAAAAGGCACACUGUGGCACCCAAGCUCGUCCUCUGUACUGUGCUCUGCACAUUUCCAGGAUGAGUGCUACGACUCGACCCCGGCUCUGAAGGAGCAGCUAGGUUUUAAUGUGCGCCUGAAGAGGGUUUUGCUGCCAACAUCAGUGCCAAGCAUAUUUCCUCGAGGGACAAACUCGAGGGGGGCGACCGGCGACAUCGACCACAGCAGGAGGUCUCAUGCUCUGGAGAAACGGCAAAGGCUGGAGGUACUCCAGGAAUGCCGAUCUCUAUAUGGUGCUGAAGAGGAAAGAGAUGACUUACCAGCUGACGUGGACCCAUCUACUGAUGUGAACUCAACAAAAGAUCAGGGCUGUGACAGUUCCAUACAAGUUUGUCUGAGGCCACCUACAAGGACGGUGGCUAUGCAGUUCAGAGGAUGUCGACGGACUACAGGUGUGCAGGCUACAACAGCGAUGGUGGACGUUGGAACUCAGACUGAGGAUGCCAACCCGGAUCUGCAAGAGGAUGAGAUGUCGGAUUCAGCUGACAUGUCUACGACAGAUGAUUCGGACUACAAGCCGUCUUCCGAUGAUUCAGAGGAGGAUCCUGUCACUGAGCCUGAUACUCCACCAGUCCCGCCACCUGAGUCGCCGCCAGCAGGUCGAGUUUUCCUCGUGUUCUGGGAAUGCCUGGUGACGCUCUUCUCAGCUUGGUGCAGCUGUGGACUUUGUCCGAGCAGGUCACUGUCCUGGCAGUGUAAAGAGGUCGGAACAUUGUUACAGGUCACCAUACGAUGCGAGGACUGCGGGAACCAAGGGCAGUGGAACACUCAACCUUUCUUUGGCAGAACAGCAGCUGGGAAUGUGUUGUUGUCCGCUGCCAUUCUCUUCAGUGGGGCCACGGUCACGAAGGUACUACGUGUCUUAUCACGAUUGGGAGUUGCUGUGAUAUCGGAACGAUCCUUCUUCAGACACCAAGACCAGGUGCUUUUCAAAGCUGUCAAGCGACUUUGGAGCGAGCAGCAGUUGGGCAUGCUGUGUCUGCUACAGGCUGAAGGGGAACCAAUUGUGUGUGGGGGUGACGGGCGUGCCGACACCCCAGGGCAUUGUGCGAAGUAUGGCACCUACUCGACAAUGGAGCUCCGAAAAAUGGCGGUUAUAGAUGUACAACUUGUACAGAGCAAUGAGGUUGGAGGGUCCUACCACAUGGAGAAAGUGGGCCUGCAGCGAUCCCUUGAGAAAGUCCAGGGCUUUGUGGAUGUCGGAACUCUCGUGACAGACAGGCACAUAGGCAUCAACAUGAUGAUGAGAGAGGACCAUCCAGACAUCACACACCAGUUUGACAUAUGGCAUGUAGCCAAGAGUAUCAAGAAGAAGUUGUUGAGCCUUGGCCAAACCAGAGGAUGCCAGGAUGUCAAACCCUGGGUUGGAAGUAUCGUAAACCAUCUUUACUGGUCCGUGGUUUCGACGCCUCCUGGCAAUGCUCAACUUGUGGUGGACAAAUGGACAUCAGUCAUCAGUCACAUCCACAACAGGCACAGCGGAUUCGAGGGACUGUUCUCGUCUUGUGCGCACGGAGUCCUGGAAGGCAGGGAACAACGCAAACCGUGGCUGAAAUAUCAUACGAAGGUGUCCAUUGAAGUGGAGAAGAUAAUAUGCAACAAGAGGCUGUGUGCAGAUGUACAACGCCUGUCCCCAUCACAUCAGACAUCCUACCUCGAGGCCUUCCAUAGCCUGAUCACUCACUUUGCGCCAAAGAUGUGCCACUUUUCGUACAAAGGGAUGGAGAGCAGAGUGAUCCUGGCUGCUCUGCAUUUCAAUGAGAAUGCCAACAGGGAGCAGCGGAGCAGAAAGGAUGGCGAAAAAAUGUUCAGCUUGCGGUUUCCUAAGUACAAGAAGGGCGGCUACAUUGUUAGGAAAGUGCUGACGGAGCCGUCUUUUGGCUAUGCAGAGGAGCUGAUGCAGAUGGUGGAGGCCAUGUGUCGAGGUGAGGACUACAGCGGUGAUGACCUUGACAUCCCAGACCCAUCCCCUGUUCCAGAGCCACUCAGUGCGUCAUUUGAAAAGCCGGAGAAGAGGGCAGCAGUAAAAGCACAUGCGACCCGCUUCCGCAUCACAAAUAGCACUUAAAGAGGGAGGAGAAGGGUCGUGUUUUUUUGGAGGGGGGAGGGGAGGAGUUAUCAAUAGAGCAUUCGCAGUGCAGAGUGUGUAGGUAACACGCUCAUUAAAUUACCUGCACUAGCCUACUCAGUGCUCUCGCACUUCAGCCGUCACUGUUUCAUGAUAUCUAUCUGUAUUGACUUCAGUGGAGUUAAAACUCUGUUUGUGUAUAUAAGCUCAAGUGAACUGCCUGCACAUUUUGAAUACAAAUAAGACUGAAAGCAGAAGAAAAUAAAAACUAUUGUAUGUGCAACAGCUGUGUCAUCCUUUGUCAUCCAGAACCCGUCGGGGAAAAUAGUGUUUUUAACAUCUGGGUUGUCUCACCCUUUAACGAGACUGGCGUAGUCACCUUUUAAAACCUAAUUACUUAAAAGUCUGAAAUCUUAGUAACCCCACUCGGUUACAUAGGCUAUUGUAUUCUUGACCCAGAAGUAGGCCUACUGCAGAGCAUCUUGGUCACCACUCAGUAAAGAAUACCAGCUGCUAUUCCAUGGUAAAGGCGUAUUUGUUGUAAAUUGUAAAAUGAAGACACAUUCACUUGAAGAGGUAAAUUGACCUUAAUUUAAUGUAGUAUUUACAAACAAAAAAAGAAAACAAAAUUACCAACACAAGUG